GCCCAUUUCUCUCAGUACUCUCAGGCGAAUCUCUCUCUCUCUCGUUCUCUCGAAGUCGUAACUGAGGAAGAAGAUGCAGGCGGUCUCCAGGAGAUUGGCUCAUCGGCCGUUCGCCGGCGGAGCUCAGAUUUAUCCUUCGUCGUAUCUCAAAUUGCUCUACGAAGUCCCAGAUCACUAUCAUGGGAUUGAUGAUCGGCGUUACUCGUCUUCCCUCGCUACCAAGGGUAUGGGGCACCUCGCCCGCAAGGGUACUGGUGGGAGAUCUUCCGUCAGUGGCAUUAUAGCUACUGUGUUCGGAGCCACGGGAUUUCUUGGCCGUUAUCUUGUGCAGCAGCUAGCUAAAAUGGGGUCUCAGGUGCUUGUUCCUUUCCGAGGCUCAGAGGAUGAUCCUCGUCAUCUCAAGUUGAUGGGUGAUUUAGGACAGAUAGUACCGAUGAAAUUCAACCCAAGAGAUGAAGACUCUAUUAAGGCGGUCAUGGCUAAGGCUAAUGUUGUUAUCAAUCUCAUUGGAAGAGAUUAUGAGACCAGAAAUUUCAGUUUUGAGGAGGUGAACCAUCAUAUGUCUGAAAAACUUGCAAUGUUGGCAAAAGAACAUGGUGGUAUUAUGAGGUUUAUUCAAGUUUCUUGCCUUGGAGCUGCGGCAACAUCUCCUUCAAGGAUGCGAAGGACAAAAGCUGCUGCUGAGGAAGCUAUCUUGAAAGUGCUUCCUGAGGCCACAAUUAUGAGACCUGCGACGAUGAUCGGUACAGAGGAUAAGAUUUUGAACCCAUGGGCACAGUUUGUUAAAAAAUACAGCUUCCUCCCUCUCAUAGGUGAUGGUACCACCAAAAUACAGCCCGUAUAUGUCGUUGAUGUUGCUGGUGCAGUUGUUCAAGCUCUGAAGGAUGAUGGCAGUAGCAUGGGGAAAACAUACGAGUUGGGUGGUCCAGAGGUCUUUACAAUUCAUGAGUUGGCUGAACUCAUGUUUGAUAUGAUCCGUGAAUGGCCUCGGUAUGUGAAGGUUCCAUUUCCCAUUGCCAAGGUGAUGGCGAGUCCACGGGAGGUGCUGCUCAACAAACUCCCAUUUCCGCUACCAACUCCCCAAAUAUUCAAUUUAGAUCAGAUAAAUGCCCUUACAACUGAUACACUGGUGUCUGGAAAUGCCUUGACGUUUCAGGAUUUGGGGAUUGCCCCGCAUAAAUUGAAGGGCUACCCGGUUGAGUAUCUUAUCCAAUAUCGCAAAGGCGGUCCCCAAUUCGGUUCUACUGUUAGUGAAAAGGUUCCUACAGACUUCUACCCUUGAUACUGCUGGGUCAAUUCCAUAUGAAUUUUGCAUUGAAAUAAAAAACUAAAAUGGGUAUGUUCAUGCCUUUUGUUUCCUUCGAUCAAUAAAAGGACCCGAAAAACAGUGAUUACAUUAUGCUUCUUAUAACCAUCUAGAUUUUUCUUAUUUGCAUAAAGUGAGACUGUGAGAGAUGCGCUGUCCUUCUCCCUUAGGCUCCAAAUGCAGUUUCUGGUUUAUUCAAACUUCAUGUACUAAUACUAUUUCCUCUUAAGAAUUAAGUUCUUUUUUUGA